CACCGUUCCUCAUUUCUCAGUCUCCCUCUUCUCUCUUCAGAAUCAGAAUUCCUCAUCUCACCAGUUUUCCAAUUCCUCACUCAUUUGAAUCUUUCAUGGCUUAUCAUUCAUCACCACACUCAACAACACCAUCCUACUUCUUUCUCUCUUCCAAUUCCCUUCACACCAAACUUUUCCAUCACAUUCCCAUUCAACUCGUAACGCUUUCUGCCGCUUAGUCCCAAACACAACACCCAAGGAACCAUUACUUUCCGUUAUGGGAAAGCGUAAUUCUCAACGUAAAAAUGCUGCAAUGUUGGAUAGUGACGAUGAUAGUAGUGUGAGUUCGUCGUCAACUUCACGAACUGAUCACGUGUCCGUGUCAGGGACCGAAGAAGUGCACUUCGAUCAAGAUGCUCUGCUCGAUCAAGCUCUCGAUGCUUUGGAUGAGAAGAGGGGUUCCACGAGGGAGAGAGCUUUGUCAUUGAUCAUUGGGGCAUUCAAUAGCAAUAUGCAGCAUCAGUUUGUGGACAAGAAAUUUGCUACCUUAUUACAUCAGUGUCUUGCUUCAAUAAAAAGGGGAUCCAAAAAGGCAUCUGCUAAGGAGAUAGCUUUGGCAUGUCAUGCCAUUGCUUUGUUGGCCCUAACUGUUGGAAGUGGUGAUAAUGUACGUGAAAUAUUUGAAGAAUCGGUUCGUCCUCUAGAUGAAUUUCUCACUUCUAAAUCUGAUUUGUCAAAAACUCCAUCAUUGCUGGAAUGCUUGGCUAUAAUCACUUUUGUUGGUGGGAAUGAUCAAGAGGAAACAGAGAGAUCAAUGGACAUAAUGUGGCGAGUAAUUCAUCCAAGAUUAGGUUCCAAUGUAGUUGCAGUCAAACCUUCUGCUCCAUUAAUAACUGCUGUGGUAUCUGCUUGGUCCUUUCUCCUAUCUACCAUGAGCCAGUUGAAGCUAAAUUCAAAAAAUUGGCAAAAUUCAAUAUCUUAUUUAUCUAGUCUUCUAGAUAAGGAAGACCGGCCAGUGCGUAUUGCUGCUGGUGAAGCACUGGCUCUAAUUUUUGAGAUUGGAAUUAUAGAAAAAAUUUCUGCUGAUUCAAAGGGUGCCAGUGAUAUGACUCAAGAAGAAAGGAAUCGGCAGGACAGUUACAGCCAUUUACAAGGAUUGAAAGGGAAGGUCAUAAUUCAAGUAAAAAAUCUUUCUGCUGAGGCUGGUGGAAAAGGUUCUGCUAAGAAAGAUCUUAAUAGUCAGAGAAACUUGUUCAGAGAUAUUGUGGAGUUUUUUGAGUAUGGUUACUCUCCUGAAAUUUCGAUGAAAAUUGGUGGUGAUUCACUGCAGACAUCUUCAUGGUCCCAAACGAUACAGUUGAACUUUCUCAAGCGCUUUUUAGGGGGAGGGUUCAUCAAGCAUAUGCAGGAAAAUGAGUUCCUUCAGGAUGUCUUUGAUUUCACACCAAAGAGAAGAUAUCCUAAUGAUAAUGAACAUCGGAUGUCUAGUGGUGAGAAGAGAAUGUUCAAGUCUCCAAACUCAAUUCAGAACAAGGCUAGGACCCAAUUACUUAAUAAGCAACGGUUGUUAUCUGAGGGCAGAAACUUGGGUCACUAUGCAGCAAAUAGGGUUGAUGACGAGGCGUUUUGAGUGGGGCAUAUAAUAAUUUGCAGGGAUUGUGUUCAUUUGUGGAUUCCAUCAUCAAUUUUAUACUUCAUUAUUUUUAACUUAAUGACUAGGAAAACUGUUUCUGCAAACUAUACCAGUGUGAAUUGAUAUUUGCAUGUUAUAUAUAUGCCUAGAAGAAGCUGAUCUUG